AUGGCGCAUCGUUUGCUAAUUUUAUCCAUUUUGUGUGGGCAACUUCUGUGUUCGGUGAUUUGUUCGACGCCCACCCGGAGUAGCGCCAAUGUUGCGCCAUUUCUCACCGAUCUCUGUCAGGAUAAGUUAUUGCGAAGCUUGGUCUACCAGGUGGAGCAGCUGAGCCUCAAUUUAGAUAACUAUCAACCAAGGGACUUAAUGGAAUUGAAAAAGCAGUUUGGUGAGAUAAAAACGCAAUUGGAAUUGUUUGAUUCGAAAAUUGCAGCGAAAUGCACUGACAAAAACUUGAAAGCAGCGCUUCCUGCAUUCAAGAAGGAACCCACUUCUUGUACCGAAGCAAUGCGUCAAGAAAACGGCCGAUAUGCCGAGAGUGGCGUCUAUCAACUUUAUCUGCCUCAAUUUCUCCAUCAGGCUUUCGAUGUUUAUUGCCUACGUGAUUCUGAUGGCGGCGAACCAUGGGCUAUAAUUCAACGUCGUCAAAGCAAUGCCACCGAUUUCUAUCGCGGCUGGUUUGAGUACGAACACGGUUUCGGCGAUUUUAAUACCAAUUUCUUUCUCGGCUUGAAUAAAAUACAUGCGUUGACACAUUCGCAAUCACAUGAGCUCUGGUUCGAAUUAGAGGACUUUGAAAAUGAGAAACGCUUUGCAAAAUAUGAAAGUUUUGCUAUAGGCAAUGCUCAGGAUAAAUAUGAGUUAAGCGUACUUGGACAAUAUUCAGGCACGGCCGGUGAUUCGUUCACUUAUCAUCGUGGCCAAAAGUUCACAACUAAAGAUAGUCAUAAUGACAUAAAUGAUGAGAAUUGUGCAGUGAAAUUUACGGGAGCUUGGUGGUAUCGGACUUGUCAUGCGAGCAAUCUGAACGGUCUUUAUUUAGGCGGUGAAGUUUCAGAAGAAGAGUACGGCAAAGGUGUGGUGUGGCAUGCCUGGCGUGGACAUUACUAUUCACUCAAACAUGUGCAAAUGGCUAUAAGACCAAAGUACUAUUACUGA